AUGCCACCACAGGCCUCAGACAUGUCUCUGGCUGGCUCUAUCGAAAGCCCCUUUGGAAUGCACAACCGUGUGGUUCUCAAGAAGCUUCUGGCCGAGCCCAAGAAGCACAUUGGAGAGCGCAUCACCGUGGGAGGCUGGGUCAAGACUGGUCGCAUCCAAGGCAAGGGUGCUUUCGUCUUCCUCGAGGUCAACGAUGGCUCGACUCCUACCAACCUGCAGUGCAUUGUGCCGCAAGAAGUGACGGACUUGAGCAAGCUCUCGUCUACUGGCACGAGCGUCAUGCUCGAGGGCACGGUCGUGGAAACGCCCGCGGAGAGCUCCGAGCCCAUCGAGGUCAAGGUCGAUAAGGUCCUCUUUGUGGGCACCAGCGAUGCCAGCACUUAUCCUAUUGCCAAGACCAAGCUUUCGCUCGAGUUUCUGCGUUCCAUGAUGCACCUGCGUGUGCGCAGCAACACGAUUGCUGCCGUCACUCGCAUUCGCAACUGCCUGGCCGCAGCUACGCACCGCUUCUUCCAGCUGCACGGAUUCAUGUAUGUAAACACACCUCUGAUUACGUCCAGCGACUGUGAAGGUGCCGGCGAGAUGUUCCAGGUCACGACGCUGCUCUCAACAGCCGAGCAAUUGCACAAGGUUCCCGUUCCUUCAGACGAAGACAUUGCUCGGGCUGAAGCCAACGCCACUGAGAUGGCUGAAAAGAUUGAGCAGAUGAAGGAAGCUGGCGAGAAGGGCAAGAAGAUCAAGAAAGCAACCAAGGAUCUCGAGAGCCGCCGUGCGCGUGUGAAGGAGCUGAAGCUGCGUGUGGCCAGCCAGGGUGGCUUGCCCCGUGAUCUUGAGGGCGAGAUUGAUUACUCCAAGGACUUCUUUAGCAAGCCUGCCUUCUUGAGCGUGAGUGGUCAGCUUGAGGCAGAGGUGUACGCCUGUGCCAUGACCUCUGUGUACACGUUUGGUCCGACUUUCCGUGCCGAGAACUCCAACACAACGCGUCAUUUGGCCGAGUUCUGGAUGAUUGAGCCGGAAAUUGCCUUUUGCGACAUUCACGGCGAUAUGAAGUGUGCUGAGGCUUACGUGCAGUACUGCUGCCGUGCGGUCUUGGACGAGUGCAUGGCCGACAUGGAGUUUUUGGGUCAGCACUUUGAUGCCACCGCCAUCAAGCGCCUGAAGGUCGUUGCCAACACCCCCUUCCGUCGUCUUCCCUACACUGAGGCCAUUGAUAUCCUCCUGCAGCACGUGGCAGAGGGCAAGAAGAAGUUUGAGGUGGCCGUCGAAUGGGGUAUGGAUUUGGGCUCGGAGCAUGAGCGCUACCUCAGCGAAGAGGUUUUCAAGGGUCCCAUCAUUGUGUACGACUAUCCCAAGGACAUCAAGGCUUUCUACAUGCGCCUGAACGACGAUGGCAAGACGGUGGCUGCCAUGGAUAUUCUCGUGCCCAAGGUCGGCGAGCUCGUUGGUGGCUCGCAGCGUGAGGAGCGCCUUGAAGUCUUGGAGCAGCGCAUCAAGGACUCUGGCCUGGACACGGAGUCUUACAGCUGGUAUCUGGACCUGCGUCGUUACGGCACGGUGCCCCAUGCUGGUUUCGGUUUGGGCUUUGAGCGCUUGGUUCUGUUUACCACGGGCAUUGAGAACAUCCGGGACGUCAUUCCCUUCCCUCGCUACCCCGGACACAUUUUGUAG